UUCAUCCAGGGGCCCCGCCUCACCCCUCCCGGGCACCCUGGGACCUGCCAGGCCCGGUCUGGGCAGGUCGGGGCGGUGGGGUGUUGGGGGAGUCGGCUCCCCUAGUGCCUUCCUGCACCCGAGGGGGGUAGCAGCGGGGUCCCCCACGGGGUUAUGCCACCCGGCAUGGCCUACACCCUGAGCUGGCGUUGCUGCUGGUGCCUGACGGAGGAGGAGAAGGCAGCGGCCCGCGUGGACCAGAAGAUCAACAAGUUAUUGUUGGAGCACAAGAGGCAGGUGCGAGGCGAGCUGAAGCUGCUGCUGCUGGGGCCCGGCGAGAGCGGCAAGAGCACAUUCAUCAAGCAGAUGCGCAUCAUCCACGGCGCCGGCUACUCGGAGGAGGAGCGCAAGGCCUUCCGGCCGCUCAUCUACCAGAACAUCUUCGUGUCGGUGCAGGCCCUGCUGGACGCCAUGGGGCGGCUGCACAUCCCGUUCAGCAGGGCCGACAGCCAGCAGCACGCCAGGCUGGUCAUGAGCCAGGACCCCUACAAAGUGACCGUCUUCGAGAAGCGCCUGGCCACGGCCAUGCAGAGCCUGUGGCGGGACGCCGGAGUGCGGGCCUGCUAUGAACGCCGGCGUGAGUUCCACCUGCUCGACUCGGCCAUGUACUACCUGUCCCACCUGGAGCGCAUCGCGGAGGAGGACUACGUGCCCACGGCGCAGGACGUGCUGCGCAGCCGCCUGCCCACCACGGGCAUCAACGAGUACUGCUUCUCAGUGAACAAGACCAACCUGAGGAUCGUGGACGUGGGUGGACAGAAGUCGGAGCGCAAGAAGUGGAUCCAUUGCUUUGAGAACGUGAUCGCCCUCAUCUACCUGGCCUCGCUGAGCGAGUACGACCAGUGCCUGGAGGAGAACGACAAGGAGAACCGUAUGAAGGAGAGCCUGGCCCUGUUUGGCACCAUCCUGGAGCUGCCGUGGUUCCAGAGCACCUCCAUCAUCCUCUUCCUCAACAAGACAGACAUGCUGCAGGACAAGAUCGCCACCUCCCACCUGGCCACCUACUUCCCCAGCUUCCGAGGCCCCAAGCAGGACGUGGAGGCCGCCAAGAGGUUUAUCCUGGACAUGUACACCAGCAUGUACGUGGGCUGUGCCACCGGCCAGCGCUCACGCCGCCUGUUCAGCCACUACACGUGUGCCACGGACACACAGAACAUCCGUACGGUGUUCAAGGACGUGCGUGACUCCGUGCUGGCACGCUACCUGGAUGAAAUCAACCUGCUGUGACAGCCAGGGACCCCACCCUGUGCACCGCCAGGGUCGUCCCAGUGGACUCUGGGUGCUCCGCAUGGCCAGCGUGGCCAGCAGGAGGGCAAGGC